AUGGAUCAAGACCCCAAUAGGCUGGCCCCGCCGGCCGUCCUCUCGCUGCGUGCCCAGACAGCCGGCGUGAUGGAGCGGUCGCUCAGCGAGGACAUACGGGAGGAACGCGAAGAGCUUCGAGAAGCCGCAGAACAAACUCUGAACGUCAUUGUCGACCUCAACCUCGACGGAACCAUCCGAUGGGUCAGCCCGUCCUGGGUGGACGUCCUGGGCACACCUUCAGACACCGUCCAGGGCACCGCCAUCGCCGACAUAGUCGUCAGCGAGCCAACCACUAUUUUUACGGAUGUGGUUGAGUCGAUGCAGAAAGAUGACUCCAGGAGCCAGUUUAUCCGCUUCUCUGUCAAGCUAGGCCCUCUUUCAAAGCUCCUGAAUUUUGAAACCAUCAAAGAGCCGGAAGCCGAGAUAGAAUCUCAAGUCGUAGACCUGGAGGCGCAGGGAAUCAUGGUCUACGAUGGUGCUUCCGGCGGAGAAAGUCACACAAUGUGGAUGAUUCGGCCCUGGGUGGCUCCCCGAGAGGUCCAAAUCGACUUGAAUUCCGAAAUUGUCGACUCCCUCGGAUCUGGUGCGGAAGUACUCGCCAGCUACCUUACGCAGCUCGCUGAAUCAGGAGUUGAUGAUCCCGCAAAUCAUGCCCCUCCGCUUCCUGUCCUCUGUCGCAUCUGCGAGCGUCAGAUACCGCCAUGGUGGUUUGAGAAGCAUACCGACCUCUGUCUGCAGGAACAUCAAGCAGAAAUGGAGGUCCAGAUGGCACAAGAAAACCUAACAGAACAUCGCCACGCGAUUGUCAAGGUCCUCGAUGCUCUCGAGGCUCGAAAGAGCAGAUCAAUAUCGGGCGACCAGCCUAUUCUUCCUGUGGCUGAGUACAAAGGCAUGCCAAUCGGUCCAACUUCGACCGCAUCUUCCCCCGGCACUGGUUCGCCCCUUCCGACUAGUGGCAGGUCUGGCGACAGGUCAGGAGGACUAGGACACUCGAGGGCUCGGUCAUUUGCGGUUCGAAGACCACAGGCUAGAAUCGUCGAGUUGCUCUUGGAUCUUUGCGACACAGCCAUCGAGAUCAGUACCCCGGCUAUCAAGGAAUCGUCGUCUCAGAACCCCGGCGAGUUCCGCACCCAGUCACCGCAAUCAGAAUCUCGCAUUUCGCAGGUAAUGCAGUGGCAGUCACCUAGCACGAAUACGCUGGAACAGGAGCAGGGACUUGCUGUUCUAUGCGCCGAUACUGAGCGAGUUGCCAAAGCCAAAGUCGAUGCUGUUUCCCGUCAUCGGAAAGUCAUCGAGUACGCCGAGAGAAUCCGAGUCGAGUUCGCCAUCCGAGUUCAGGACUGCAUCGAUGCUGCUAUGCGAAAGGCAGCUCGGAUCGCAGCGGGACAAUUGAGUGAUUCAACUGGGUCGGAAAGCGACGAUGUCGAAGACGAGGAAGAAGCCACUCCGGCUCAAGAACAGCCUUUCUUCACCGGGUCUUUUGACACACCGUCGUCUCUGGCAAUGGCGUUGGAGAAGGCAAACAUCAGUGACGAUCCAGAUAAGCGUCGCCUCUCUGCCGCAAUCGGCAAGGGAGCUUUCGGCAGCGUAUAUCUGUCGAAAAAGAAAUCUACGGGAGAGUAUUUCGCUAUUAAAGUCUUGAAGAAAGCGGACAUGGUGGCAAAGAAUCAGGUUACCAAUGUCAAAGCAGAACGAGCUAUCAUGAUGUGGCAAGGAGAGAGCGACUUCGUCGCCAAACUGUACUGGACUUUCUCCAGCAAAGACUACCUGUAUCUGGUUAUGGAGUAUCUCAACGGUGGUGACUGUGCAUCGUUAAUCAAAGUUCUCGGUGGGCUUCCGGAAGAUUGGGUCAAGAAAUAUCUCGGUGAAGUCAUUCUCGGUGUGGAACAUCUCCAUAGCCGCGGUAUUGUCCAUCGAGACUUGAAGCCGGACAACUUGCUCAUCGAUCAGAAGGGACACUUGAAGCUUACUGACUUCGGUCUGUCAAGAAUGGGUUUGGUCGGACGUCAGAAGCGAGCUCUCAAUAGUGGCACCAACGAGCCUGUGCCGGACCUGCUCAAGACCGGUCCGUUUGCCCGUGAAGCCGAGCAGGUCUUCGAGAAUAUUCUGGCAAGACGAAUCCAUUGGCCGGAUGAUUCCGAAGAUGAGGUCUCGCCUGAAGCAAAGGAUUUGAUCAACAAACUUCUGUGCAUGGAUCCGCAGCAACGCUUUGGCUCCAAUCGCGAUGAGAAGUUCUCAUCUGGCGGUGAAGAGAUUCGAAAUCACCCUUGGUUCCAGGGGAUGAAUUGGGAGUCGCUUUUGGAAGAUGAGGCUCAAUUUGUGCCGCAGCCCGAGAAUCCCGAGGACACCGAAUACUUUGACACUCGUGGAGCUACUCUCCAAUCAUUCGCCGAGGAGAUGGAAGAUCAAGCUUCUCCCCCUUCAGUGCCAGUGUCUGACUAUCCAGACCGCCCGCACGAUGCCCUGUCUCGCGUCCGCUCACAGGUCAACUCGAUCAAGCGCGGCUUGAUGCCGCUUCACAUUCCUCCCCAUGUGCGGGAUCUGAAGAGCAGAAGGCUUAGCGAGCCAGUCGUCGCUGACGACUUUGGCAACUUUGCCUUCAAGAACUUACCUGUGUUAGAAAAGGCGAAUAAGGACGUUAUUCAAAAGCUCCGAGCCGAGGCUCUUGCCACACAGAAUAAAGCAACAGCCAUUAGUCCUGGCGGCAUGAACCAGGUCACUUCGCCAGGUCCUACACUCGAAGGCAGCCCAGUCCUCUCGAUGCCUGUCCAGAGAACGCUUUCGAACGCUAAAGCUUCGCAACGGCCUCAGUCCCCUUCGGGACUGAGCCACGCCAACUCGUCGCCCAGUCGUGUCUCACAGCCAUCUUCGCCUCUUCUGGUAUCAUUUGUCGCUGGGCAAGGUGCUGAAGGAAGACUUUCGCGAAUGGUCAUGGAGAAGCUACUAGAGAAGCUUCGCUGCCGAACCAUAUCUGCAUCGACUGGCUCUGAGGCUGUCAGAUACUCGAUGAGUGACAUUAAAUUUGACAUCAUCUUCAUGGAGUUCAAGCUACCUCAGAUAAACGGCGCCGAUGUGGCCCGAAUGAUUCGCGAAACCAAGAAUGCCAACUCGCACACGCCUAUUGUCGCCAUUACCGCUUACUUGAAGGAGCUUCAAGCACCUCACUACUUUGACUCUCUCGUCGAAAAGCCAAUAAGCUCGUCCAAGCUGACGGAAGUGCUGGGCAACCUUUGCCAAUGGAAGCCAUCUUCGCCAAGUCAGCACAACUCCGUAUCACUCUCGCUCGCUCAUCCUAUACCCUCUGGUUUGCGGCAGGAGAGUAUGAGGUUUGAGGAUAGCCCAACCAGCGCGGCUUCCUCUGGAUUUGCCCAUCGGCCUGGAAGCUCCUCGUUCCGGGGAUCCAGUCGUGAAGACUCUAUUUCAUCAAGUCUUUUUGGAGAUUCAGAGUCCGUCUCCACUGAUGACAUUCCUGUUGUCAUAAGUCGUAAGGCUACCGGUGAUUGGGAUGACAACGGCGGUUUGGGCAUUGGUAUCCCCCAAGACGAGAUUCUCUUAAGCUCCAGCGACCCAGGCAAACCUCUUCCCCAGCUCAUUACUCAACAGAGCGCUCCAGGACAGAUUGACUUCAAUCCUGGCAAAAUGGUCGGGCCGACACCUGUCCCCAUCCCACGACGCUCACUAGAGAAACUCAGAGCCAAACGUGAAGCCAUUGAAAAGAAGAGAAUAGAGGGCAGCAUAGACUCUGCAGACGAUGAGGAUGAGGAACUGGGUCUUAGUGGUGGUGCCGAACGUGCCAGCACUGUUCCUGGCGCGGGCAAUACUUCGCACAAUCUCAACCAUGCGAAGCAGCAUUUCCGCAGCAAAUCGGUUCUUCCCUCUUCCAAGCUUGGAAUCGAAAUGAUGCGAGCAAAUAGCCACGACAGCGUGAACGUCGCGGCAUCCGAAGCCACGAGCACAGAACAUGGGACUCGAGUUGUCACAACGCCCAACAGAGAGGUAGAGAUGCAGUUUCCCUCGAGUACCCCAGAUGUUCUGGCACCUGCCGAUCUGCACGCAGGUGGUCUAGCUCUGAGCCCUGCUCCAAUCAUACAAAGCCUAGACGAAGCGGAUGAUGGCGACACCACCGUCAUUCAUACACCGCCGAACCCUGAGGAGAGCGCAGAGACAAUUGUUGGUGUUGAUGAGACACCGCGGCCACCAACCACAUCAGGGAGCAAGCAGUUGGGUGUCGAAGAGAAUGACGACGAGCAGCCCACCCCUCGACCGCCUGACAAGACAGUAGUCCCUCCCGAAUAUUCUAUGUCUAGAAUGAUCUGA